GCACUCACAAAUGUCCAAUAUUCUCGCCAUGUCGCUUUCGAACGACUCCGCUGAGAAGAUGACAAGGUUGACUCGAUAGCAGAUGCCAAGGAUGAAGUGAUUUUGCGACAUGUCACGACGGGACAAGUUAGUUUUAAGCGCACAAGUGUUGACACGGGGGUCGGCGCGUUCGCAAAAGCAGCCGGGGAAUGUGAUCGGAUGCGCUGUUGAAAAGCGGUUCCGCUUUGCUCUGCGCCGCAUCAAAGGGCUGGACGAUGGAUCAGUCCUCUGAUGGGGAGGAGGCUCGCACCUUCGUGCAGGUCAUCAGCGACAAGUACAACACGGAGAACUUCCCCUACGGCCAAGGCGUGGGCGUCGUGGUGCUGCCCUCCCCUCCUGGGUCGCCCGUCAAAGGUCGCCUGUUUUUGCCCAGCGUGCUGGUUCUGAACGACUGCGGCAUUAGAAAGGCGGGCAACAGGUCCGAAAUCGCCGCUUUCUGUGCCCACGUGGUCGAGCUGGACCUGUCGUACAACGAGAUCGACGAGUGGGCCGAGAUCUGCGCCAUCGUUUCCAACGUCCCCCGCCUGGACUUCCUCAACCUGAGCAUGAACCCGCUGAGCGGCACCACGCUGGAGCCGUGCAUGGCCGAGGUAUUCGCCCGGGUGCGCCGCCUCGUCCUCAUCAACACGCACGUCAGCUGGGACACCGUGAACACGCUCACGGGAAACACGCCAGAGUUGCUGGAGCUCUUCCUGUGCCUGAACGACUACCACUCCGUGUCGCAGUCCUGCGCGGCCUGUCCAUCGCUGCGCCUGCUGCAGAUCACCGACAACCACCUCCGCGAUUGGGGGGACGUGCGCAAGUUUGGGGUGAUGUACCCCGGCCUCCGCGAGCUGGUGCUGGCCAACAACAGCGUGGAAUGCGUGGGCGACACGCAGGAAACGCUGCAACGCCUCUUCCCCAACCUGCGCUGCAUCAACCUCAACAACUCAGGGCUGAGUAAAUGGGAGGACAUCGAGAAGCUGAACUUUUUCCCCAAGCUGCAAGAACUCAAAGUGAUGGGGAUUCCGCUGUUGCAGCCGUACACCUCACAAGAGCGACGGAGCCUCCUUUUAGCGCAGCUGCCAAAUGUCUUGGUACUGAACGGAGGGGCGGUGUCCGACAGCGACAGGGAAGCUGCUGAGAGGUUCUUCAUCCGGUACUACCAGGACUGUCCAGAGCAGGAGUGCCCGUGCCGGUACAACGAGCUGGUGUCCAAAUACGGUCGUCUCGCCCCGUUGGCCGACGUGGACCUGAGCCCCCGGAGGACAACGGUGGAAGUCCGCUGGGGCGACAGGGUCGAGGCAGUCAGCCUCCGCUUGGAACAGACGGUGGGUGACCUGAAGAAGCAGCUGAGGGCGCUUCUUCAGCUGCCCGCCAACGGGGUCAGGCUAUUCUACAUCAACCGGGAAAUGUGUUCAGUGGUCGGACCAGAAGAGUUGAAAUGCGGCUUCCGCGCCCUCCACUCGUACAGCAUUCGAGACGGAGACGAGAUCCUUAUCGUCCCCAAGGUCAAAGGUCGUUGUAGCUCCUCACAUCUUUGAGGUCUGACGCUCAGGGAUUUUUUUUUUUUUUUUUUUUUGGGUGGGGGAUUCAGGGGACUCGCUGAAUCUGAAUACUUACUGGAUUAUCUGACUUGAAUUUAUGUGAUUUUAUGCAACAAAAUGUUGGCGCUAGUUCAAGGGCCGCUGGUUGUGAGAAGACCCUCGGACGUGUUCGUGUUUAUUUGCGCCUGCUUCUUUGUUUGGCUCCAUCCCGUUCCACAACGCGAGUCAUAUCGUCAUGCCCCCUCCCCGAGUCGUCGUCACCUUUUCUCACAUGUGAAAAUGUUUGUCAAUAUUGAAUAUGUUUUAAUAUUUAUGAUUGUUGGCCCCGACAAGUUGCGGACCCUGAUUCACUAUUAACACAGCGCCGAGCAGGAGCUGAUUGGAUCAUUUUAGUAAACAGAAAAAAAUGUGGUGGCACAGUGGAGAAGUUGGAAAGCCUCACAGUUCUGAGGAUCCCGGUUCGAUCCCGGCCUUGCCUGUGUGGAGUUUGCAUGUUCUCCCGGUGCCUGCGUGGGUUUCCUCCAAGUGGGCACUCCGGUUUCCUCCCAUUUCCCAAAAACAUCCAACAUUAAUUGGACACUCAAAAUUGCCCCAAGGUGUGAUUGUGAGUGCGGCUGUUUGUCUCCAUGUGCCCUGCGAUUGGUUGGCGACCAGUUCAGGUUUUACCCCGCCUCCUGCCCGUUGACAGCUGGGAUAGGCUCCAGCACGCCCCGCGACCCUCGUUAGGAUAAGCGGCUAAGAAAAUGGAUGGAUGGAUAAAAUAAUGUAUCGUUUGUCAUCCUAUGGUCAGGAAGGGGCAAAGGAGGGAGAGAAACACACGCUGAUUAUCUUCAUACGUGCGUACCAGGCCUGAAUUGCUGACCAAUCACAAGCCUGAAAGCUUUUACUGCUUUACAUCGUCCAGACGUUAAAUACCAACCGUGAUCCGAUAGAUCGAUGACCCCCUUCGGUUUUUAAUUUUGGUACGGAUGGCUUUUCUACUUGUUUACUGGCAACAUGUUUUUGCUCGGACUUGGAACGAUUUUGCUCGAGGUCAUUCUUAAAAGUUACAAAUGCAAAACACUCAACCUCAAUGAUGCUGAGGUGAUCGGAGCGGCUUGAGCAAACAUUUUUUUUUUUUUUUGUCUUUGAAUCUUACCCGGAUACGACGCAGAAUUUGAGUGUCACCGAACGGGAACUAAACACCUCUGUAUCGAGUGGGCUGGCUUGAGCCUGAAUGCUCCCCCUUCUCACAUCUCUCUCCCUCCCUCACAAACCUGACACCUCGAGUGUCCACUCUUUUUACACCAUGCGGGGUCCUGACCUCUCCCACUGGCUCACUUUGGCGUUCAAGAGAGAAAUUCCCACCAGAAGGAAGGGGGCUGGAUUUAACCUUGAGAGACCCCCUUCCCCACCGCCUACUAGAUGGUAUCCACCGCUCUACAUGGGCACUUUUUCUAUUGGUACAACCGGGCAUGACCAGGCACGAUCUCGAUUACCGGAUCACUCUUUGGUUGAGCAUUUGAUGAAACUCACAGCAAGAAAUUGAAAAAAAAAAGUUACGGUCAGCAGAAUCAGGGUGGUAUCUCGUUUGUUUAUAGUCCAGGAUAAAUUGUCGGGUUUCAACACCAGCACCCAGUUCCAGUCCACACAGAAACAUGUUUCAGUCUACCCGCAAGAAUCUUUUUUUUUUUUUUUUUAAACUGGGGCCCAGAGUGGAUAGACCUCAAAACGCGACCCCGUGCGGAUAGAUCUCAAAACGUGACCCUUGUGAGGAUAAGCAACUUGGAAAAUGGGGAAAAUUAAGUUGCCCCUGGGUUUCCUUUUGUACGACACGUUUUUUUUUCCCUGAAGUGUUGACACAAGGUGGAAUUUGUGAUGUCCUAACUGAUGAGGGAAAAUGUCUUCUAAGACAACCGGAACGGUCCAGUCGCGAUCGGUUCAAUGCUCCGAAAAUGAAAUGAAACGAGUCAAUGACAAGAUUAACACGCUCAUAAAUCGGUGCACUCGUAAGUCAGCAAAAGUUGGAGGAAUACGAUGGUGUUUUAUGAAAUUAUAAAAAUGCCCAGAACGAGGCGAGCGAGCUGGUUGGUACCUUGCAGUGGAAAAUAGCAUACAUUAACCCAAAAUAUAAUAUCUCGAGAAAUCACUAAAUCUGAAAUGUUUCUGUAAAUUUCCAAGUUGCGAAAAUGUCAUUAAUUUCAAAUAUCAAGUUUACACAAACUGAGUGGAUAAAAUGUACGUUUGCUGCUUGUGGUUUCAAACUCAGGACCUUGCCUGGAUACUUGGCACUAGACUGUUGUACUUUGGUUCAUUUCGUACUGAGUACCCACAAACUUCGCAAAAAGACUCGAGUUUACCUUUACGUUUGGGGAUAUCUAAGAAACAAGUUUUGGA